CCCCUGUUCCUUUGAGGAGGCUGUAGCUGGCAGGAUCCCUGACAUUAGUGGUUGCUCUCUGGCUGCCUGCUGACUCGAGCUAUGGCUGCACAGCUGGUUUUCGCGCUGCUUGCUCUCACCUCCCUGGGUGCUGCAUCUGAACUGGACUGUAAAGAGCUGGUGAAGCCUCUGGUACUGGACAGCCACAGCCCCAUCUAUGGGAAAUGGGUGCUCCAUGUUGGGUCGUGGGACCAGCCUGGCCUGAAAAGCGACUUGAUAUCGGUGAACAGCUCUUGGGUGGAUCUGUCGGCUUCCUCAGACAGCGGAGUCAUGACCAUCUACUGGGCCGACCGCCUAAGUGAAGAUAAAUGCCUUCAGGGUGUAGCCAAUGCCACCAUCUCAGGAAUGACCAGUCACACCACAUUUAAUAUCAACGGCCACACUUCAUAUCAUGACGGAAAGUACUAUGAAUCCUGCUCAGAAUGCCUCCUGUCCGAAGACACCACCCUCCUCCCUGAUGGCAAAUCAAAGGGACGAUACCUUUUCCUCUUUACACGGACCGGCACUCUGAAGCCAUCUGAUUUAGAGACUUUCAAGAAGCAGGCAGAGUGUCUUAAAUUCCUCCCAGAGUACCACUUUGGAGGAUCAGAUCUGUGUUCAGAUGACAGGGAAACUACUUCACCUGCUGCAGAGAAUACAGAGGAUGAAGAAACUGAUGUUCAGCCCACUGCAAAGUAAAGCAGAGCAAGGAGGUGUCAUAGCCCACUGAACAGCCUACACACACCCAAACAUAUCCAGUUUAACAUGCACUAAAUAGUGUUGUUGUUGCAUGUGCACUGAUAUAAUAUUGUCCUGUGAAGUAACUUUUCAAUGGUCAUUGCCUAUAGCGUUAAAACCAGGCCUGCUGGUGUCAUGUCAUGUAAGCUCUGUCAUGUGUAGUCUUAUCAUUGUGUGUCUCUGCCUGCUAAGUUCUUUGAACUUUUAUGAUUUAGUUUAGGAAAUGUGAAAUCUGACUAGCUUGUGGCAUAUUCUGGCAGGUACAGUAAUGGUUGAAAAGUCCACUUAAAUGCCUCCUUUAAAUACAUGUUGUUAGUUGAGUGUAUAACUGUUUGGUAAACUGAAAAGUAAAUGGAAAAUAAAAUAGCUUUCAAUCUUCA